AUGUUUAACAGAUAAGAAGCCACAAUUCACGGGUUAAGGUAUUGAUCAUGACUGAGUGAACACAGAGACUUCAAAAGAUUAAAUUUUUUCUUAUCUAUUGGGUUGUAACAAAAGUUAAAAAAGCUUUUUAAUGUGAAAACACAAAUCAAUGGAAACUCUCUUCUGCUUGUUCAUCUUCUUCAUCUUCCGUGUGUUAACAGAAGUCCCCACAAUUGUCUGUCUUCGCUGCCAGACAAAACUGCCACAGCCAAUAAUGUUUCUUUGAGGGACCUUUCUUCUGUCAGAGACUUUCCCUCUCUCCCUCUCUCCUCUUCUUGCUCUGCUCAGCCCUCUCACCAACUCAUCUUUCGUCCUCAAAACAAACAUCUGGCUUCAUCUCUUUACCUCUUUGUUUUUCUUUCCUUUCUCUUUCAUAUAUCAUUUUCAAUUUCCCAAUUUCUCUUCUACAUCUUCAUAGCAGUUUAAGACCCCUCUUCUAUAUAAAGCUAACAGCUUAAGCUUCUUCAUAACAAGACUGUGACUACAUAAGUUUCUUGUUUUUACUUCAUUAAACGCCUCACAUUUAUUUAUUUCCCAUCAUUGUCCUAGAGGAGAGAAAAAAAAUAAAGAGCUGAUCAGCUAUUCAAAUGGAGAGGAGUAUUCAAGGACAAAACCAUUGUUCUUUGGAUCAAAAAGUGAAUGUAAGAAGAAGCCUACAAGUUCAAGGAUCUGUAGAAGAUCAUCAAAGCUUUGCCUUUGAGGAAGAACAAUUGUCAACUCCAAGCUUGCUGCAAGAUACAACAAUUCCAUUUCUACAAAUGCUACAACAAAGUGAAGAACCAUCUUCGUUUCUGUCCAUCAAAGAACCAAACUUUCUAGCACUACUAUCUCUCCAGACACUCGAAAAGCCUAAUUGGGAACUCGAAAACUACCUCCCACAUGAAGUUCCAGAGUUCCACUCACCGAUCCAUUCUGAAACUAACAACCACUACUAUCACAACUCAUAUUUGGAAGGAGUCAGUGAAGCCAUCUCAGGCCAAGAACUUCCGUUCAACCCACUUCAAAAUACGAAUCCAAGACGCAAACGGAAGAACAACAACAUGGUAACAUCAAUGACUAGAGAAAGGAGAAAGAGAAGGAGAACAAAACCAACAAAAAACAUAGAAGAGAUGGAGAGUCAAAGGAUGACACACAUUGCGGUUGAACGAAACCGCAGACGCCAAAUGAACGUUCAUCUCAACUCACUCCGCUCCCUCAUUCCAUCUUCAUACAUCCAAAGGGGAGACCAAGCGUCAAUAGUAGGAGGAGCAAUAGACUUCGUAAAGAUCCUCGAGCAACACUUGCAAGCCCUUGAAGCCCAAAAGUCAACUCAACAGAGUACUGAUAGUAAAGAACAUAAUCCAGAAGAAGAAAACAACAACAACAACACUCUCAGAGACAUAUCGUCGAACAAGUUGCCUGCGAGUAAAGAAGAAGAAGAAGAAACAAACAGACUAACAAAAAUCGAGGCCACAGUGAUAGAGAGUCACGUAAAUCUCAAAGUUCAAUGCACUAGGAAACAAGGGCAGCUUCUAAGAUCAAUCAUUUUGCUAGAGAAACUCGGAUUCACUGUUCUUCACCUCAACAUCACAUCUCCAACCAAUACAUCUGUCUCUUAUUCCUUCAACCUCAAGAUGGAAGAUGACUGCAAUUUGGGAUCGGCCGAUGAGAUAAAGGCGGCGAUUCGUCAGAUAUUCGACUGAUUGAUUUUAAUUUAACACUGAAACGUCCAAAAAGUAACGUUUUUGUGUAACUUCGUUUUCAAAAGAGUGGAAGAAAAAUUAAAUUCGAAAAUUUGGUCGUAUGUAAUUGGAAUCUUCUCGGCA